CAUCCUCCCACUUUACUCCUGCAACUCCAAACGUCCCUCCUCUGCCGACCGCGCCUCUUCCUCCGACUUGCCUCCCGCAUCAUCCAUCUAUCGCGGCUGCUCCUUCACCACCGACGCCUCGUAACUCUCGACCCGGCUUCCCGCUCCCGACGACAAACCCGACGACGCGUCCCGCAUCACGUCCACCGCCAUUUCACAUCGCACACGUCUCGUCUCGCUCGCUCAGACUUGCCGCCCUUCGCUGCCCGACUAAGCAAGCGCGCGUAAAGAGCGUCAUCUACGCCGCCCUGCAUUCGCGGCCCCACUGUCAAUCAAAGACGCCGCAGACCUCGUCCAGGCACACUGUCCUCGCCGAGGUCGACUCGACCCAACCGCCAUUGCGCGUCCAGCCAGGCCUUCUCUUCUCAGUAGCUUGGCUUGGCCACAAUGGCCAGACCCACGCCUUUUCCUGGCCCAAACGAGCCGCUUCACAUCUUCCAGGACGACACUCUCGAGAGACAGGUCCCCAUGACGAGCCACGCCCCCAUGCCCGCCGUCACCAAGCCGGCGCGUCGCCCCCUCAGCAGUUCCGGCUCCAACGUCGUGCUCAACCCGCCAGCCGCCGCCAACGCGAGCUACUCUCCGCACAAAAUCAAGUCGUCGAGCCCCCGCUCGCCCCUGAAAUCAUCAUCGCAAGGCAACAAGCUUAACGCGGUGUCCAUGGCACCACCCAUGGGCAAAGGCCCCACGACGGACUGUCUCCAGAAGAAGCCGCAUAUGUCAAACUUUAAGACGGGCCCUCACCGCCCUCACAUUGAGCCCAACUACAACUAUGGCAAGGAAAACAUCCAUCCCCAGAUUUUCCCGGCUCCGCCAACCAUCAACUUGUCCGUCGAGUCGUAUUACCAAAAGCCCAACGGCAAGCGUGGCCUGAUGGACGCCGCCCCCAUCAAGGACGCCAGACCUACGAAGAAGUCAAGGCCGGAUGAGCACACCCUACCACCUCACGACUCGUUUCCUGCUAUCCACGAUGACGGUGCGAAACCGCCUCACAGCUACGCGCAGCUCAUUGGCAUGGCAAUCCUGCGUUCGCCCCUGCGCCGCCUGACCCUGGCCCAAAUCUACAAGUGGAUCAGCGAUAACUACUCCUUCUACAACCCCAACGACGCCGGCUGGCAAAACAGCAUCCGCCACAACUUGAGUCUUCACAAGAACUUCAUCAAGAUUGAGCGGCCCAAGGACGAUCCUGGCAAGGGCAACUACUGGGGCAUCGAGCCUGGCACCGAGUUCCAGUUUCUCAAGGAGAAGCCACCACGAAAAGCUGCACCCACGGCCGAGAAUCUCCCCGUCAUGUCCACGCGCAUGGAGCCCUCGCGACCCGCAACCGCCCCUGCCCCGGCUCCCGCUCCCGUGCUCCCUCCGGAGCCUACGCUACCGCCACCGGCUCCCAUGCACCAGACAAGCCUGCCGCCUCUGCCCACGUCUCAAGCGACCCUGUCGAUGCCCGCCGAGCUAUCUUCCGAUGCCACCAUUCUCGUGUCCGACAACGCCGCACCAGAGGAGUCGACGGACAAGGCGCCGGAGAACGAUCUUCCAGUUGAAUCGUCUCUAUACUCGCCUUUGCCCGCCAACAUGCACUCGUCGCCGCCUGUGCCUAGACACGUGGAGCGUCGCAGCGGCACGCCGCCGUCGGCCGUCCGCAACCCCACGUCAUCCGCAUCCAGGUCUCACAAGCGUAGAUUCGCUUCCAUGGAUGACAGCGGAUACAUCUCGUCUCUAGAGUCUUCGGUCAUGCGCCCCAACCAAAAGGCCCUGCUCCUCACGUCCGAGGCCGAUCGUCCGAGGCUCAAGCGCGGCCGCGCCGAAGAGGAGAUUGCCCGUUUGCGCGGCUCCUCGCCUUUCAGCCCGACCAAGUCCCGAUCGCUCGCUUAUGGGCCCAUUUCCUCGUCGCCCCUGCGACAGGCUGGCGAGAGCCAGAUGCUUCCGCCGUUGACGCCCGUUGUCAAGAUGAAGCCCCCCGUGCGACCUCCCCCUUCGGCGUCUCCCAAUACGAGCCUGCGCAUCCACCGCGAUAAGGUCCGCCAUAUGCUGCAGUCUCCCCUCCGCCGCGUGACGGGCUCGGGCGAGGACUGCAUCCCCUGGAGCCCGGCCUUCAACCUGGACGAGACACUCUACAACUUUGAUGACUUCACGAACCACGGGACCGACUUUGACAUCUUCCAGGACAUGACGGCUAUGGAUGACGGCCUGUUCCCGGGCAUGAGCUCCGUCGAUACGGGAUCGCCUAUCAAGCGCUCUGCCAAGCGCGCCCGCCUCGAUCGCUCGGUGUCGACCUCUGCGCUAGGCGACAUUACCAACUCGUCCAAGAAGAAGUCGUUGACAUCAGUCCCACUCUUGAAGGUUCCCGAGCAGUCGCCUUCGCACUUUUUCGAGACGCCCAGCAAGGUCUUCGAGGGCCUCGGCUCCCCCUCGAAGCUCUUCCAGGACUCGCCGCUCCGAAACGCGUCCCCCAGCAAGUACGCUGCGCUAGAUUUGGCCGCCGACGGUGACUGGCCCGGGCUGCUGUUCGAGUCCAACGAGCUCAUGUCCCAUACGGAAACUGGCCCUUCUGACUUUGCCGGUCUGGACAUUCUGCAGGGCUUCGAAAAAAUUGGCGCUGGCGUGCCGGCGUCGAAGCAGGCCAAGGUUUCCAAGCCGAGCCUGGCCCGGAGCUUCUCUACCAGGUUCUGAAAAGGGAACGGCUUUGUCUUUUGGCAGGGGACAUCACAGCGCGAGCGAGCAUUAAUUACGAUAUAAUGAUUUGAUGAGGACGCGCAAAUGGUGACGGCCAUGCGUCCUGGCGGCGAAUAAGCACACCAGGGUACUCGGUGCGGAUUAGAAUGGGCAACCCGGGGAAUUUCGGCGCGCGUGGGCUGGGAUUUCGCCCACUUUGGCUUCACGGCUGGAUCGCGACGGUAAUGAGUAUACGCAAGUACAUAGAUGCGGACCCAAGGGCCGGGCGGGCGACACGACACGAACACUGGAAACGGGACACACCUGGAAAUGGGAUCAAUCACUGGUUUUGGGCUUGGAGCUUGUGCUUUUUUCUGGUCCUCAUGCUUAUACGACGGGCGUCUGGUUAUGACGGUAUUGGGCGUGGGAAGGGUGAGGAGGCUUGUUUGGGUAUUGCUCGAGUUUUUGUUGUCUGGAUCACGCACGCACUCAUGGGUUUUUUAUUGUUUUUUUUUUGGACCGGCCUUUAUUGGAGAUGGCGGCUGGAUCAGCGUUGGGGGUCAGAGCGUUUCGGGUCACACACGGGCUCAGAUUGACUUGACUUUGCAAAACGGGUGCGGACACGGGUGCCUUUGACGCGCCUCUGAAAGUUGAACCAAGUUCCAUUUGCACGACGCAGUGACGAGGGUUCCCCUAUGUGACUGACGCUGGGUCUGACUUGACCGCAUUGCUAUGCUUUGGCUCACCACCAUGUAUAUCUCGUACGGACGCCAACUCGGGUAUCUAAGUGCAACAAGAAUCGCGCCUCCGUUGGAACAAACAAAUACCCCUCUCCCC